AAAAGUGCGUCCUAAAAUAGGUGCGCUGUCGCUUUAAGAUCCCUUAGCUAGUCUGCUUCGUAUUGAUCAAUCCACCAUUUUCCAACACAUAGCACACUCAGCGGCAGUGGUAACACAGCGACGGCGGCAGCAGAAAGCCCUACCUGGAGACGCCAGGACCUGGGGCAGUCAUGGCAGCCAACAUGUAUCGGGUUGGAGAUUAUGUGUACUUUGAAAACUCCUCCAGCAACCCCUUGCUCAUUAGGCGAAUAGAAGAACUGAAUAAGACAGCGAAUGGGAAUGUGGAGGCCAAGGUAGUGUGUUUCUACAGACGCAGGGACAUCUCCAGCACACUGAUUGCCUUGGCUGACAAACAUGCACGAGAGAUGGAGGAGGAGAUGGAGAACCCCGAGAUCCUGGACCUGCCCGAGAAGCAAAAGCACCAGCUCCGCCACCGAGAGCUCUUCCUGUCUCGCCAGCUGGAGUCACUGCCUGCCACACACAUCAGGGGAAAGUGCUGUGUCACACUCCUAAAUGAGACUGAGGCGCUUAAAUCCUACUUGGAACGGGAGGAUGCCUUCUUCUACUCCCUGGUGUAUGAUCCCCAGCAGAAGACCCUGCUGGCUGAUAAAGGGGAGAUCCGCGUUGGAAACAAGUAUCAGGCGGACAUCACUGACCUCCUGGCCGAGGGGGAAGAGGACGGCAGAGACCUGUCCAAACUGGAGGAGAAGAUCUGGGACCCGAGCAGUUUGCUCACAGAGAAACAGAUCGACCAGUUUUUAGUGGUGGCACGGUCUGUCGGUACGUUUGCGAGGGCCCUGGACUGCAGCAGCUCCGUGCGGCAACCCAGCCUCCACAUGAGCGCGGCGGCCGCCUCCAGGGACAUCACACUGUUCCAUGCCAUGGACACGCUGCACAAGAACGGGUUAGUUUUAUGACAUGGACGCUGGACCCAUCGCUUGCGCUGGAAAAUUGGAGGCGGCCCGAUGCUCUGUCGGGACGAGAUGGAGGAGUGGAGCGCCUCGGAGGCCAACCUCUUCGAGGAGGCGCUGGAGAAAUACGGCAAAGACUUCGCCGACAUCCAGCAGGACUUUCUGCCUUGGAAGUCCUUGACCAGUAUUAUUGAGUAUUACUACAUGUGGAAAACCACAGACAGAUAUGUCCAACAGAAACGGUUAAAAGCAGCCGAGGCCGAGAGCAAACUGAAGCAGGUCUACAUCCCCAACUAUAACAAGCCCAACCCUAACCAGCUGAGCUCCAACAGCAUGAAGCUGUCUGGCCUGGUGAAUGGCGGCGGGGCACCAGGGGCUCCAGCAGGGUGGUGGUCGGGUCAGCCAGCAGUGCUGGGCCGCGCCUGCGAGAGCUGCUACACCACCACCUCGUAUCAGUGGUACUCGUGGGGUCCUCCUAACAUGCAGUGUCGGCUUUGCGCCUCCUGCUGGACGUACUGGAAGAAGUACGGCGGUCUGAAGAUGCCCACACGCCUGGACGGGGAGAGGCCGGGACCCAACCGCAACAACCUGAGUGGCCAUAACCUGCCGGUUAGGCACGGCAGCAGCCCCAAAUUUGCGGUGAAGACGAGGCAGGCCUUCUACCUGCACGCGACCCACCUGACCCGCGCCGCCCGCCGCGUCUGCCAGGACCUGCUGCGCUCCCAAUUCCUGGGCCGGCACCCCUACAACCCCGUCAACGCGGCCGCCAUCAAGGCUGAGUGUGUGGUACGGUUGCCAGAAAUUCCCAAAAAGCUGCAGCCACUCAAACCGUUGGUGAGGAAGCCUCUGGAAUCGGUGGUUAGAUAUCUGGAGGCCCACCCGUGUCCCCCAAAACCAGAGGGCCAGCGCACUGCCACCAUCACCACCAGCAGCAUGACGCCCAUCAAGUCCUCGCCCAUCCUCAACAACGGCUCACCCACCAUCCUGGGCAAGCGCAACUACGAGCAGCACAACGGCCUGGAGGGCACCAAACCCAAAGCGCUCACCCCUCAGUGGGACAUCAUGUCCAAGCGUGUGUGUGAGCCGGGCAGGACUGCUCCCCCCUUGCAGGACCAGGUUCAUGAGCUCGACUGACGACCCCAACCCCCCAACCCCUUCACCCUUCAAGGUGACCCCUGCACCAUACUGCACAGAGACAAGGCCUCAGACAGGAGGCGGCUGAGGGAAGAUGACGUCCACAGUGUUUGACCACCAGCCAGCACGCACUGUCCACUCUGCCAGUCACUGAGCCCGAGCCUUGCAGGAACCGACCAAUCGUCUUACCGGGUUAUAGGCUUCAACCUAUCUGAGGGCUCGGCUGUCUGUACAGGACUGUUUAAUCACCAUUAUUAUUAUUGUUGUUAUUAUUGUUGUUAUUAUUAUUAUUAUUAUUAUUAUUAUUAUUAUGACAAUGUCUGCCAUUGUAAUAUUAUUCUUGUUCUUUUUUUUAUCAGCUGUAAUCAUAUGCUUAUCAGUUUAUUGUUGGAAAAAAAAAAGAAAUUGAAGGAAUGCAAAAAAAAAAAAAAAAAAACAUGAAGCCCAUUGAGGCCCGAGAGAACUCCAGGGCCACCUGCAUCAGUUUUGCCCUGUUUUUUUUUUUUUUUUCCGUUCUUAUUUUUCCCCUGUUUUCCGAACUGUAAAAAUGAAAGACAAAAACAUGAAAAGGAUAGGGGAUGUUUUUUUUGUAUGUUUGUUUGACUGGAUGAAUACCCCCCUCUGUUUUGCUUGCAAUUUUUGAUUUUUGUUUUUUGUUUUUAUUUUUAUUUUCUUGUUUGUUUGUUUGUUUUUUAAAGAAAAAAAGUCCUCUAAGUCCCCUCUGCACGCUGAUGGAUUUAACUUAUUGAGAAAGACUGAGACGUGCUCUUUUUCUACCUUUUCAUAAAUAAUGCAUCUUCUGCUUCGAUGAUGUCAUUAAAAACAAGACUAUUUGGUU